UUUACAGUAGUCGCUAAUUACGAUGACUUGUGCAACACUGUCCCCGCCAUUCAUUCCUGACGAAAUCAUAGCUCAAAUUUUGUGUUUGCUUCCUGUGAAAACGAUCCUGCAACUCAGAUGUGUGAGCAAGGCAUGGAAAACUCUCAUAUCUGAUCCAUCCUUUGUCCAAAAACAUUUCAACUAUUCAUCACUAAACCCAUACCUCCUUUUCACACCAAGGAAACUGAGAUACCUUACGAGUAUAGUCAAAUUCUUCCACGUGCUUCGUUUUCUCGAGACGGAUUCGUUAAUCACUGUUUCUAACGACAGUUUCUAUGGAGGGAUGGACAAUUGUCAAGUAGUUGGUACCUGCAACGGAUUAAUCUGUUUGUUUUUCCAUUAUGGCCAUCAAAUUUACUGGUUUUGUUUAUGGAACCCUGCCACGAGGAUACUAUCAGAAAAACUAGGGAUUUUUCAAGACCAUGGCACUAUAUAUGACUCUGGCAAGUUCACUUUUGGUUGUGAUAUUUCAACUGAAACUUACAAGGUCGUGGCCUUAAGUAAGGUUGAGGUUCGGGAAGAGAACACACUUUCGGUGAGAAGUCAGUUCAGAGUUUUUGGGUUAAAUGAUAAUUGUUGGAGAAAUUUUCUAUUUUGCUCUUCCAUACCUGUUUGCUUGAUAUAUGACAACACGGAAAUGAUUAAUAAUGGUCUCCAUUUGAAUGGUACUGUUAACUGGUUGGCUCUACCCAAAUACAUCAAACCAUUUUAUCGAUAUGAUUGCAAACAGUUUGUUAUUGUUUCGCCUGAUCUUUCAACAGAGACAUGCACACAGUUUUUGCUGCCGCCGGGUUUUGAUGAGGUGCCAUUCUUUCAGCCGACUCAUAGUGUUCUAAUGGACUGCCUUUGCUUUUCCCAUGAUUUAAAGGGAUCUGAAUUUGUUCUAUGGCAGAUGAAGGAGUUUGGAAUUCAAAAGUCUUGGACUUUGUUAUUUAAAAUUAACUUCUUUGAUAUUCAAAUGCACAACCGUCUAAGUCAAAUUGGUACUUCUUUGUUGCCGUUGUACCUUUCUAAGAAUGGAGAUACGUGUAUCUUGGCAGGUUAUGAAGAUGACCAAAUAGUUAUCUAUAUUCAGAGAGAAAAGAGAGUAAAGAGAAUUGGAGUUGCAAUUGCAACCGAAUUCAGUUGGUUUUCUCCCAUGGAAUACCUUUCUCCCAUGGAAUACGUGGAAAGUUUAGUUUCAACUUGUUGAAAUGUCUACGAUUAAGGUUGUAUACUUGAAAGUUGAUUCUGUUGCUAUUGGAGCAAUACAAAUGCUAGGAGUAAAAACACCCUUCAAUAAGAGCUCAGUUGAUUCAAUGCAGCAAUACAAAUGCUAGGAGUAAAAACAUCUCAAAAUAUAAUGUGAAUCUAUGUAUCAGGAAGAAAAAGGAUACUGCAACUAUGGAUUCUAUUUUAGCAGCUAAAAAAUCUUGUAGUAGUUUAUCCAAUAUUAGAAUUCCCCAUCAAAGUAUUGUUACAUUACAUGUCUCCCAACUCUUGCACAUUAUAGUAUAUAUGUUUUGUAAUCAGAUAAGAUCAUCAUAUUCUAACAAUUAAUUUUGAAAAAUACAGUAGAAAUCGCAUACAAGAUCAGUUUUGUGUAGCACUACAAUAAAAAAGUCUUUUUUCUUAUCAAACUAACUAGUAACUAACUAAUGAUCUAACAAUCUCUAUCGUCAGGUCAAAGCAUGUUGUAACAAUGUGAUAAUGCUUUCAAUAAUCCAUUGUCUGGCCAAUGAGUCAAAUUAAAGCCGACACUUCGACCUUUGAUCUUUCUCACUUAAAUGGCGAUCCUUUCAAAGGAAUUGACAUUUCAAGACUUUAGUAGAAUUGACUUUUCAAGUCUAUGGACGGAUAAUGUUGAAGGAGAUACAGAUUACAGCAGAUAUGUAGUUCUGUAUGAAUUCACUUGUUUUGGGAGACAUGGCCAAUUUUUAAGGCUAAUAUUAUCAAUCCUCUAGUGACUAUAGAUAGUAAUUUGAUCAUUUUUACUUGCAUCGAGACACUUAUGU